AUGAGUGCUCCAAAAAGAGCCGCUAAAGACCCGUCAGAUGGACCAGACGCCAAGAAGUCUAUGGACUUUUCUGACGCCGAUCCGGCUCUCUUUGAUGGAAUGGUCCAAGUUGAGUGCCAAAAAUUCUAUGUUAACAAAUCUCACCUUGCUCGUCAUUCGGAUUACUUUAAAAAUCUGUUUUUCAAAAAUUAUGCGGAUUCAAAAAAGAAGAUUAUCCCACUGGAAGACGUCGUUCCAGCCGACGCUUUUCAGCAUUUUCUGGAGCUGAUCAGUGGAGGAAACAGAUUGAAUGAUGACGUCAUCGAGGAAGUGCUGAAAAUCUCUCAAAUGUGGUUCGCCGAAGUUCCGAUGGAAAAAGCCAAAGAAUACUUGUUGAAAAGUUCAAACUUGGUGCCAAUGGAAAAACUGAUAAUUGCAGAAAAGUACAAUUUCAGCGAUUUAAAGAAUGCCCUAUUUGCCAAUGUCCAUACCGUUGCGGAUAUGAAUGCUCUGCUUCCAAACCAAGAUGUAUCUGAUUUCGAGCCGGAUACAACUACCUUAAUUGCAGAAGAAGCUAUAUUUAUGGCUUCAAAACGCUCAGCAAAUCAGAUGGAGGAUGGUUCCAGUAAUUCAGAUGAGACACCAUCUAAAAAAUCCUUUGAUUUCUCUGAAGGCAUCGAUUCAGAGCUCUAUGAUGGAGUUCUUCAAGUUGAGGGGCGUCUUUUUCAUGUUAUGAAGGGGCACCUCGCUCGUCACUCCGACUACUUCAAAAAUCUUUUUUUCAAAAAUUAUGCGGAUUCAAAAAAGGAUAUCAUCCCACUGGAAGAAGUCGUUCCAGCUGAUGCUUUUCAGCAUUUUCUGGAACUAACCAGCGGAGGAAACAGAUUGAACGAUGACGUCAUCGAAGGAGUCCUGAGAAUUUCUCAGAUGUGGUUCGCAGAAGUUCCAUUAGAGAAGGCAAAGGACUAUUUGUUGAAAAAUUCAAAAUUGGCGCCAAUGGAAAAGUUCGCUAUUGCUGAAAAGUAUAAUUUCAGCGACUUGAAGACUGCUCUGUUUGCCACUGUCCAAACCGUCGCGGAUAUGAAUUCUCUGCUUCCAAACCAAGAAGUCUCUGAUUUCGAGCCGGACACAAUCACCUUGAUUGCAAAAAGGCUUCUCGAAAUUUCUGGAAUCCCCCGGCCGAUUCCAGUUGCUCCAGUUGCUCAAGCACCGGACGAAAUACCAGUUGCUCCAGUGCCAAAUGCAAGAGAUGAUUUUUUACCUGCAACAGCGACUCCAAAUGGCUCGAGAAGAAGCUUUUCUGGCAAUUCCACGUGGCCAUCUCUCAUGAAAUUCAGAAUCAGACGAAAAUGGGUGGGGUCUCUAUCGAUGAAGAAGGCGCCGGACUCGUCGAACAUAGCCUAA